AGUGUGAACCUGCUUUCCACUUUCCGUUGGCUUUGCACACACGUCGCAUCCAGCACGAGCUCAUCGCCUCGGCACCCGGAGCAUAUAUACUCGUAGCACCACCACUACCGCUAGUGCAGUAAUCAGUUAAGCCUCCUCGGUGCACCGCGAAUCCAGAUAGUGGAGUCACCAGCUGCAAGAAUGUGCUUCGAGUUCAGCUCCUGUUUCGGCGGCGGCAUGAAGGACGACUACGGCGGCGAGCGGUCCAACCACAGCGGCUGCGGCGGCCUUCACCGCGGCCGUAGGGGGUACCGCAAGAACGGGAAGGGCUACAACGGCGCCGCCCACCACAAGCCGGCGACGGCCUACGACCACCAGCCGGCUCUUGAUGAGGCGGGGCGCAAGGCCUACCAUGACGGCGCGUGGAAAGCGGACCACGCCGGUGCCGGUGGGCACGGCUACCACGCCGCCUACGCCCCAGACAAGGUCCAGGAGACGCCCAAGCUUCCUGCGUCGCACAACAAGGCCGGCGACAACGACGGCUACGCCUACAACACGGCCCGCCUCCGCCAGGCUGCUGCUGAUGAUAAGGAGCACGCCGCCAUGGAUUACCACCACUACCCAACCACUACUACCACUCUUGUAAGGCAUUAGGUAGCUAGUCGUUAGUAUUACCUAGCAUGGCAGUUCAUCAAUCAGCCUUUCUACUGCCUUUGCUUUGCAACUCUGUCUGGUAGCUCUGUUUUUUUCAUGAGAGCCAGGAACCAGGGGGCUGUGGAUUUUGAUCAGAGCCUCCAUGUAUUUGUUCAUGGAUGUGCGCCACAAGGAAGGUUUUACCACUCUGUUUCUCUAGUUGCUAGCCUGUAAUUUUGCUGUGUCUGCUUUCUUCUUGUAUCAUAUUAUCAAGUAAAAGAAAGCAUUUCUGAGAUCUC